UACAAUUACCCCUACUGAGAAAUGUAAAAUUAUCGUAAGGGAACGGAAUUGCGUACUGGUAAAAAUACUGCAGAGUGGUAAAGUUUCACUAUGCGGGAAUUUCGCGCAUACGAGCGGCGCACGUGUUACUCUCCGCUCUCGCAUGAGUUGUACUGGAGAGUCAAUUGCAUCACCACGGUCGUGGCAUAAUUGUUUAUUGUGCUGAACGGCUUCUGCGUCAUCUCAAGAAGCACAACGUUCCUAUUGCCUUGGCUACAAGUUCCAGUGCAGAGAGUUUUGCUUUGAAGACUAAGCACUUGACCGAGAUUGAUGUUAUUGUACUCUAUUCUUGCCUUGGAUGCUAGUGGUUGGAUCCAUGCGACGAAAUGUGACCUGCUUAUUGCCCAAAAGAUUGAUUGCCACAAAAUUACACGGUUGCCUAUAGGAUAAUCAUAUCUGAGAGAAAGGUUAUGUUUCGCCUACGGACUAUGGCCAAACGGAGCGAUCUGCUGUCGUCAGUUCGACUGAACGACUUCAGCUGAGCGUCAGUUUUGACCUCUUGGAAAUCGGUAUUCCGAGAACGAGCCAGAUCAGUCGAGUCUCGAGUCUUAACGAAACAGUCAAAGUUCGGGAGAGCUACUGGACACAUCCUUUCUCGCGUUCUUUUCACUCGGAAUACAAGAUUUCACCUGUCAAACAAAAAUAUUGGUUUUAUUAUUUUGAAGUAUGGAUCAGCCUAAGGAUUGCUAACAAAAAUGCUUGACGACUUAGAGAGUGGUCAGAAAGGAAUUUUCUACGACAUCAUGAUUAAUUAUUUCAUGAACAAUCCCGUAUUAUACGACAAAAUGGAUGAAGAUUACAUGUACACUGUUGAGCAAAUAAGCAAAUUAAAGAUACUUUCAGAUUAUUUAAAGGAUUUGAAUAUCGUCGUAGGAGUACCUCAAAUAAUUCUGGCUUGGCAAGAUCUUGCAAAGCAGUUCAAGAAGCAUUCGACUGAUGAGAAUAAUGCAGGCACUGGGUCUGGUGCGAAAGAAAAUGAUUUCCCAUACUUAGAACAUUUAAUGUUCUUAAAACCUGCAGUUCAACAUCGACCAGUAUUAUCAAGCGGCCUUCCUGAUGAUGGUGCACUACAAUUGCAACAAAGAUCUUCAGCAAUCGAUUCAAGUGGAUCAUCGAAUGUUUUUACAUUUAAUUCAGUGCCAUCAUGUAAUAACGCCAGCCAUCCAUCACUGGCUAAGAGCUCCUGCAUACCACCUAGCUAUCGUAUGCCACCAAAUAAUCCAGCUACUGCAACUGAUUGUGCACCCCCGUCAAAACGAUCAAUAUUGAUUCAAUGCUGAUUUCAAUAUUGAUUUCAGUCUGAAAUCAGCAUUGAUUCAAUAUUGAAUCCACGUUGAAUCAACAUUGAAUUUGUCCGAAAACGCAACGUGCUUUCAGCCAUGAUUUCAGACUGAAUUCAGUGCUAGAUUUCAAAAUUCAAUCAGGGUUGAAAUAAAAUUGUAAAAAAAAACCGCCAAGACGUGGGCUCGAACCCAAGACUUUUUGAUUAGUAGACGAACGACUUGACCAUUAAGCCAUUUCGAAACUUGCAAUGUAUAUCUCAUAAUGUAACAUACACAGAAACCUAUAGGUGGCAAAUACUCUCGAAGCUGGGUACCUUCCCGAGAGCACAGAGAGGUCCAGUUGAGGUUCCAGUCCAGUAUUAUUAUAAAAAUCAUGAUAGAGUAGGUUAAUUUUCGGUUAUUCUCUAUAGGAUUCCGUUUAUGUUACAUUAUGAGAUAUAAAUGUAAGUGUCGAAAUGGCUAAUUGGUCAAGUCAUUCGUCUACUAUUCAAAAGGUCUCGGGUUCGAGCCCAGGUUUUAUCGAUAUUUUUUUUACAAUUAUUUAUUUCAACUCUGAUUGAACUCUGAAAUCCAGCACUGAAUUCAGUCUGAAAUCAACGCUAAAUCCACGUUGCGUUUUCGGACAAAUUGAAUGUUGAUUCAACGUUGAUUCAACGUGGAUUCAAUAUUGAAUCAACGCUGAUUUCAGACUGAAAUCAAUAUUGAAAUCAGCAUUGAAUCAACGUUGAUCUUUUUGACGGGGACUACCUGAAAAUUUAUUUGCUGCUAGAAACUCAGUGCCACUCAAGAACCGAGCUGCUAUUGGAAAUUAUGUGAUGUCACCAAAGUACCAACGUGCUACUGGAAGUUCCUCGAUGCCAUCCAAUUAUGAAGUUGCUGCUGGACAUUCUUUGACGCCAUUUAACUAUCAAGCUGCUGCUGCUGGGUGUUCUUCUAGACCAUCCAAUGAUCAUUCCAGUGUCGAAAGCUCUUUUGGUCUCCAUUACAAUAAAGCUGCUGCUGCAACAUCAAAGCCAUUAUCUUCCAAGCGCAAAACUAAAGUGCUAGAUUAUGAUAAAAGUGCACAAAAGAAAAUGAAAUUUAUGACAGAAGAUGAUAAACCAAUCAAGAAUCUUGAAAAAAAAAAUGAUUGAAACUCUUGAUCAUGUUAAUAUGCAGAUUGGUAACACAAAAGACGACCUAAAGCAAAACACAGCUAAGAAUACUGCUUAUUUACCAAGAACAUCAACAAUUGAUUAUUCAAAGCAUUUAGCUGCUGCUUUUAGUCAAAUUCCAGCAGGAUAUGAACAUGAGUGCAUGGAAUACGUAAUGCAAGAGUUAGAUAAAUUUGAUCAGCAACUUCAUGAAGAAAAUAUUAACCAAAAUUAACCGUCUACAAAUUUUUAUUAGAAUUAUUGUUCUUACAGCAUUCAAAUGUAGAAAGUAAAUAUUUGCACUAUAACCUGGGAUGUAAUAAAUUGCUUAACAUUUUUCUAUUGCAAUAAUUUUUUUACUUGUUACAAUAAAUUACUAUUAUAUAAUUAAUUGAACUUACUGCGCAAAUCAUUCAAUAAUAUCGACGUAGUAACCCCAUGAAAUUUGUAAAAAUGCUCCGAUUUCGGGAAAAAGACUCCGAAAUGAUUCCGUGCGUCCGUGAAAAACGAAAAUGGCGUGUACUGUGAUCAGAGACACAAGCAGACACAACAGACACAGUGCAUCAAUGUAUGAGUGCUUGUAUACGUAUAAUACUUACUUGUGUACAUUACAGCUGUUUUUACUAAUAAUUUUGAAAUAAGAUUGAAACAUUAUAUUUAUUAUCAAUACUUCAAUUUCUGUAUUGAUUUUACGUCUGUUUACAUUACUAUUUUCACAUAGUUGUCUAUUUCGAUACUUGUAUCUUUAAUAUUUUAUUCUCAUUGUAGUUUUAUAUGAGGUAUGAUCCCCAAGCAGAUCAAGAACAGGAGUUCAUGGAAAAUCUUCUCAAUAUCUUGUGCUCCAGUUCGAUGGAAGCAUUCAACCGUGAAAGAUUUUUUAAAAGAUGAAGGGCUUCAACUAAUUAAUCUUCUUUUUAGAGAAAAGAAAAUGUCACGAUACGAGACACAACAGACAGUACAAUGUUUGAGUGUUUGUACGUGUGAAUGUGCUUGUAUAUGUAGACUUACUUGUAUGUAUUAUGUUUUUACUAAUAAUUCAAAUAUUGGUUCUUUUCCUAUUAAACAUUAAAAAAACAAAGCAAAGUUUCAAAUAAUAUUUUAUUCUCAUUUGAUUG